GGGAAUGCACAAGAUAGCGAGCCAAAAUGGGAAGUGGGCCGAAUACCGCGUUAUUAUCAGCGCGGGCUCAGCUGUUCAGUGUGCUCGUGACCCUCUGUCUUUCAACCAUGAGUCGACGGCAAACUCCAAAUGAGUUUCUGCAGCAGAUUAUUGGACGGCCUGUUGUUGUCAAGCUGAACUCAGGUGUUGACUACAGAGGUGUUCUUGCGUGUCUUGACGGCUACAUGAACAUUGCGCUGGAACAGAGUGAGGAGUACCUGAAUGGGCAGCUCAAGAACAAAUAUGGAGAUGCCUUCAUCAGAGGAAACAAUGUCCUCUACAUAUCCACUCAGAAAAGAAGAGGAUAAUCAGAUAAUCAUCAUUUUCUACUCAUAGAUAAUUAAGUUCUAAUGUCUGAUUAUGCUGCCUGUAUGUUUUACAGGAUAUAUUGCUUAAGGCUUGCACUUACAUUUAAGUUUCUUACCAAGCAUGAAAAGUGUUUCCUUAAAUUUUAACAGGAAACAUUUGUAUGUGGGUAUUUGAUUUGUAAUCUUUGGCUGGAUAAUAUUAAGCAUCACAAAAUGGAAAAAAAAUGUGAUACUUUUGGCAAACAUGAUAUUUUCAUAAGAUUGGAUGAGAGCUCUUUUGAAAUGUGUUGUAUUUCUUUUUGUGAAAUACAAAGGAAUGCAUGACACUCAUGCAGUGCGGGAAUAAAAUGCUAUGAAUA